CAGUCUCUCAUCAAUGCUUCAUCCAACGAGACCGUUUUUGAAGCUUCUCGCAAGUUGUGAAGGUUGCACUUGAAAACUUUUGUUUGAUUUACUUUCAUUUGUUUGUGGUUUCAAAACGAUGAUUUUCCGCUUUGGUGCCAUCUUUAUGCUGGUGUUGAUCGCCUUGGUGCUCAGCGAGCCAACAAUGUACAAGAAAAAUGAACAAAAUAUAUAUGAACCAGAUCUUGUCCCUGUGUCGUCAACCGUUAUUCCCGAAGCUGAAAUGCCAAAUCGAGAUGAGAUCACAGCCGAGAUGGAUCUUCAAUAUAAAAAAGCUUAUUAUAGUCUCUUCAAGAAAAAGUUCAACGCUAAACUGGAGAAGCCCGACACAUUGCUAACUGACAAAAAGAAAUUCAACAAAAAUAUUGAAAAAAAUGUGACGAAAAAAGUGUGAUGAAGUCAGUGAACUGAGUAUGAGAAAGCAAACAUUAAUCAUAAACAACUUUCUGACAUAAAAUAAUUAAUUAAACGAUUAUUUGCUUGUGUCAUGAUCUUAAGCAAAUGAAAAUAAAUAUUUUUUAUAAAAGCUCAGAAAGGAACGGAAAGCGUCACAGUCAACCAUUAAUUAAUUAACAAAUCUUUGUUUAAAAAUUUUGAGAAUUUUAAUUUAAGUUUAUUACUUAAAUAUGUUCAAUAUUCAAAACAUUUUAUUAUAUUCUUUUAAUAAAUAAUUAAAUUAACCAAA